CCUCCAUAAAUAGACGUCCGAGCGCGAGCGGCGUCUCAGUGUCAACAAAACAGCAGCUUGGCACCGAACUCCCGUUUUAAUUUCAACGGCUUGAAGAGCUGAGAUUUGAUUAAUGGACCGCGGUGAGUUUCGUUCCCCGGAGAAGAGACGCGGGAGACGCUGCCGGGUUUUAAGUGUAGUCGCAGUCCUGCUCCUUAUUAUUGUCGUCGCCGUCGUCCUGGGACUGGUCCUCCGACAGGGAACGAACUUUAAAUCAACGUUUAUUGACAGAUGUGAACAGUUCGCGGGAUACAACUGUGAGAAGAUAUGGGAUGCAUUUGAAAAAGCCUAUGUGGGGCGAGACCCUUGUGAAGUCCCCAUGGAAGCCUACGACCCUUUCAUCGCCGCAGCCCACUUCAAACCUGCAUGCGGCCGAAUGAUGUUCUGGAGCAAAACGAAAGAUCUGGUCCAUGACUUCACCGAGAAGAAGGAUUGUUUUCUCACCCUGGAGGACACUUUGCUGGGCAGUGUGGUGGAUGGUCUGACCUGGUGUGGGAAGGAGGGCAGUAGUGAAACAUUCACCACCGGCUGCCCAGGGUGGACGGACUGUGAGAACAACACUGUUCGCUCGUUUUGGAACAGAGCCUCAGCUGCUUUUGCAGACGUUGCGUGUGGUGACGUCACAGCGAUGCUAAACGGAUCCAUCACCACCCCAUUCAAUUCUGCUAGUAUUUUUGCCUCCAUCGAGGUGAAGAGGUUCAACUCCUCCAGGGUGAAAAACCUGAAUGUUGUUCUGGUCACACAGAAGGACUUUGUCACAAACUGCACAAAUGCAUCUUUGAAAAACUUACAAAAGGAGCUGGAUGCAGGAAUCAAAUAUAAUUGCAAAGAGGUGGCUGAAUCUCAGAUCCACGAGUGCAGCUCUGAUCCACAGAAGCCCUGUGGAUCCUGUUGGUGAAGACGUCCAGAUGAGACACAACAAUAACCAGCUAGAAGAGAUAUUUGUUCAGUCUUUGUAAAUUAAAUCAUGUUCUAUUAUGCAGUUUGUUGGAAAUGUAAUAGUUUUUGUACCGGUGAGCCAGUUUCAUUUUAUAUGAAAUGUGUAUUUUUAUAUAAAUAACUUUGAUACAUUUUUACAAUAUGACAAUGCACCUUAUUCAAAAGGUUGUGAUUAGGAGGCUUUCUAUCAAGUAGUAGAUGAGUUCACUGUCAUGUACUGUAGAGUUAAAUACCGGUGCUGCUAUCUAAUCAUGUCCAACUGACCACCUGCAAUAAACUCUGGGGGCAGAGCUUGUAAGGUUGUUUUUUUUUUCAAAUAAAGUGUUAAAAUAUGAGGAUAAA